CUUUUCUCUCCAAACCACCAUCAUCUGCACUUGCAUCUUGCCUUGCGCUCCCUCGUCUUCAUCAUGUCCGCCACUCAACGUCUUCAACAACACCCUCUCGUCGUUCAAGCCCAAAACAAAGCAGGCUACUACGUCAACCAGCUUGACAAAGAGCUCACAAAGUACCCUGUCCUGAACAAUUUUGAACAGCGCACCCAAAUUCCCAAAGUGUACACAGUUUUGGGAGGUCUUUUCCUCGUCGUCAUACUCCACACUUUCAAUGCCCUCGCCGCUCCCAUAUCCAACCUCGUGGGUUGGGGUCUUCCCGCCUACCUCUCUUUCAAAGCCAUCGAAUCGCCUUCUCCCCAUGAUGACAUCCAAUGGCUCACUUACUGGGUUGUCUUCGGCUUUUUCAAUUUCCUCGAAAGCUUCGCCCUCCGCCUUGUUCUCUACUAUGUCCCGUGGUAUUUCGCUUUCAAAUCGGCCUUCAUCGUCUGGCUCCAACUCCCCGGCGUCCGCGGUGCUCAAAUCACAUAUCUCAACGUGCUGAAACCUGUUCUUGCAAACAUCAGCUCACAGUCGCGAGUCGUUGCGCCAGCUACCACUAAUGCUGAACCAUCUCACGAGUAAUUGACGUGUAAUCCGUUUUGUAUCGCAUAGCUUGUUUGUGUUUCCGCCAUUCCUACGUUUAUCCACAGAAAUUAGUUGACGCUCACAAGAUUUGUUGAUGAAGACGUGUUUUGACCAUGAACCAUUUUCUUUUUAACGUCCACCGAUGUCUGCCUAGUUGGCCCUUACCUUACAGAGAUCAUUAGUAGUGGACAUUGUUCAAUAAAAAAUUACAUCUGUGCUGUU